AUGGCACACUCAGGGGAAGCAUCAGCAGCGCCUUCGCUGGUGCUUUUGAGAAACCUCCACGCGUCUGCAGCCAAUCCGACACGCGCAUGGCAGUCUGCAUCCCAUCCAGAUCCAUCCACCCCGCUCCUGGCGACCGCCUCAGCAGAUAAGACGGUCAACGUCUGGAGUCUCCGAGACUUCUCCCUCGUCUCCACCAUCAGUGGCGGCCACAAGCGCAGCGUGCGUACCGUCGACUGGAAAGACUUUGGACGGGGUGCGAGAGGUCCGAGGUCUGAGAGAAAACCUGUUAUCCUAGGCACGGGCAGCUUUGAUGCAAAUGUUGGUGUCUGGGUGUGGAAUGACGAUCGCCGACGGGCGCGAUUCAAGGAUAGCACUGGUGAUGAGGAAGAGAGUGGGCAGCAGAGAAAUGCAGCGCAGGCAAAAGACAAUGGUAAUCCCAACAGCGGUGUAACAGAGGCAGCAGGUGACGACAGCGCCAUGACGGACGACCUGGCCACAGACCUGACCAACGACGAGGCGGAUCAAGAUGAGGAAGACGAAGAAUGGCACUUCUCUACCCUGUUGACCGGCCCAGACUCCGAAAUCAAAUCCAUCGCCUUUGCGCCCCCGCACUAUCCUGCCAACUGGCUGGCUACGAGUUCGAGAGACAAAUCCGUCUGGAUCUGGGAGGAAGUUGAGCCCGAGGAGUGGGAGACCAUCGCCGUGCUGGCCGAACAUACGGGCGACGUCAAAUGCGUCAGCUGGUGCUCCGGAGCGAGGAAAGGCAACAUGAGGAGCAGUGAGAGGAAGGCGAAACGUCGGAAAUUGGUCAAUGGAGCUGUGGCUAACAAUGAUGGGGAUAUUCACAUGGCAGGAGACGACGACGGGCCUGCUUCAGGUGGUACAACCCGAUCCACAGAACAGGAAGCGGACGAUGACGAUGACGAUGAUGACGAAGACAAAUUCCUCGGAUCACGCGACAUCCUAGCGAGUGGCUCCUACGAUGACACGAUCCGAUUAUGGCGCGACGUCGAAGAGGAAGGAGACUGGAUCUGCGUCGGGGUCAUCAACGACCACAAGGGUACUGUAUGGGAUAUCAAGUGGGAACCUCACAUCAACUAUUCUACUCUCGAUAUCGUCAAUGAUAAGCAGUCUUUCAAGGACCACAAGGCAACCAUAACGGAGUUCGAAAACAACUGGGAGCCACGACUGCUAUCGUGUUCCGACGACCUCACGAUCCGGGUGUUCCGGCGCGAGCUCAACGAGGCAGAGAAGGCAAAAAAGCAGCAAGUGUCCUCAUCUCUCGGUGCACCACCUACCGGGUUUGCCAGUUCUCGCCUUCCUAGUGUGAUCCGGCCAAUGAGUAGCAUGGAGCGGUGGACGCAAGAGGCAAUCCUGCCCGAAGCACAUGUCCGCAGUAUCUAUGCCAUCGACUGGUCGCGCAACACUGGCUUGGUCGUCAGCUGUGGUGGCGAUGGCACCAUUGCCGUCUACAAGGAGGUGCCUGUUGGUGAGAACACCAACGAUGUGGCAGGAGACGAUGUCGUCAUGAAUGGCACCGCAACCGCUUCUCAGACGGACCCUCAAGCAAAAGCAGAGCACGACCUCAACAACAACGCAGAAGCAUCAUCGGUCCCGGCAUCGGUCGAGCCAUAUAAGCUGCACAAGACGAAAUGGAUCAUAGUCGCGCUCCUUGAAGCCGCACACGAUGAGUACGAGAUCAACCAUGUCUGCUGGGCUGUGCGCCGCGACAAAGAGCGAAGAUUUGACGGUGAAGAGGUUGUUGUUUCAACGGGCGAUGAGGGCGAUGUCAGGAUUUGGACUUUGCCAGAUGGUGUUCUAAAUAGUAACUAG